AGUUAGACUAACAAAAUUGUCUAAAUAUAGGUUUGCGCUUAAUGUAACUCAGCUUCUUUUUGGGAAACAAAACUAGAUAUAUAUGGGCUAACAUGUCUCCAGUGUCCGAGAUGUAGAUGAUGCUCUUUGCCCUUUAUUCUACUUUUGUCCUCUCUCUCUCUCCCAUAAGCAAGUCCAAAUAGUUUCAACUAAUUUUUCUUUUUUCUGCUUAUAAUUUUUUCCCUUAAGCUGCGCCUCCUUUUUCUCUGUCUUUGUCUGAGUUUUCUUGGUAUGAACUCAUGCUCUGUGAAACUUUCAUAGGGUGGUGGUUUUUAAAGUAUGGAUUUUGGUGGGGUGAUGACAAUGGAAACCAAACAAGAAUCUGCUAAUAACAUUUCAAAAACAGUCAACUCUCCAGCUGAGACUAACAACUCCUCAAAGAUCACUAAUGGAUCUGGGCAGCAACUGAAACAAGAGAGAUCUGGGCCUUGUGAUGACACUAAUUGUAGGUCAUCUAAAGUCCAAAGAGCAGCAGCAGAUGACUUCUCUGCCCUUUGUAAGCAGAUGCCCCAACAGCAAGGUCCUACUACUCCCACUUUGUUCAUGAGAUCUGGUUCCCCAAAUAAUGGACGUGGUCACUCCACUAUGCUCAGUUUUUCAUCUCCUAAAUCUGAAGAAUUAAUCCCUUUUCUUUCUACUAAUAAUGCUUCUGCGCAGGACUCAUCUAAGAGUCUUGCUUUCCCAUUGUUUGACUCUGGAUCCCACUAUAGCAGAGCUUCAGCUUAUGCCUCUGGAGGUUCAAACGAAAGCACGCGUGGCGCUUUUGUUGCGAGGUUCAGAGGUCUAUUUACUCCAUCUCAGUGGAUGGAAUUGGAACAUCAGGCUUUGAUCUAUAAGCACCUUGUGGCAAAUGUACCAGUCCCUCACCAGUUGCUCAUUCCUCUUAAGAAGUCUCUCAACCCUUAUGCAUUUUCUGGCUUGUCCUCUGGAUCUUAUGCCUCCAAUUGGGGAUGGGGUACUUUCCAUCUUGGUUUCACUGGCAACACCGAUCCAGAGCCUGGUAGGUGUCGUCGAACAGAUGGAAAGAAAUGGCGGUGCUCACGAGAAGCUGUCCCUGAUCAGAAGUACUGUGAAAGGCACAUAAACAGAGGCCGCCAUCGUUCAAGAAAGCCUGUGGAAGGUCAGAAUGGCCAUGCUGUCUCUGGAUCCACCACUUCAAAGGUGGCAUCAGUCGCACCCUCCUCAUCAGCGACGGUGAUAUCCAGCAGCGGCACAUCCAACAGCCUGGGUGCUGUUCAGCACCAGUUCAAUAGCUUGCAGCCCAGUGCUGCCAAUCCUUCCACGGACCAGCUUGUCAACAGAAUGCAAGAUCAUAAAGGUGUCUCUAUGAUAUCUCCAACAAUUGGUUUGAAGCCCAAGGCCUCGGCUAUUUCAAUUCAGAAGCAACAUAAUGGAUUUGAACUAUCCUCGCUGUCAGAGUUUGGACUUGUCUCGUCAGAUUCUCUUCUUAAUCCUUCGCAAAGAAGUUCCUUUGUGAAUCCUAAGAAUUCCAAUGCUUUCAUAGAUUUCAAUGACCAAGAACAAAGUGAACAACAUCCAGUUCACCAUUUCAUUGAUGGCUGGACCAAGGAACAGUCUUCACGUGCCUCUGCAUCUUGGCCCGAUGAACUCAAAUCAGACUGGACCCAACUGUCCAUGGCCAUUCCCAUGGCUGCCUCAGAUUUCUCAUCAUCAUCGAAUUCUCCUCGUCAAGAGAAACUCACUCUUUCUCCCUUAAGGUUAUCUCGUGAUUUUGACCCGAUUCAAAUGGGCUUGGGAGUAACAAAUAGCCACGGUGAACCUAUGCAAAAGACAGCUAAUUGGUUACCAGUAUCCUGGGAAAAUGCCCUUGGUGGUCCACUAGGUGAGGUCCUGAAUAGUACUGCAGGUAACGCAGGAGAUGCCAAGAACUCUUCAGCUCUGAACCUGGCAACAGAGAUGUGGGAUAGCAGCCCUCCAUUUGGAUCAUCUCCUACGGGCGUCCUGCAGAAGUCAACCUUUGUUUCGCUCUCAAACAGCAGCUCAGGAGGUAGUCCCCGAGCUGACAGCAAGAAGGUUCAUGAGGGUGCUGGCAUGUGCGAUGAGGUGAUCGGUUCAACUCUGGCGAGUUCAUUGUGUAUUCCCUCGAUGUAAGUCCUGUGUUUGUUUUAUAAAAGACACUGGCAGAUAUUACCUUGAUGGUAAUUUCUCUUGUUUGCUGUUUCUCUUGUCUUGCUCUGCAUGUUUAUGAAAGCAGAUAUUUUCGACAAGUAUGUGUUGUUGUAACUUUAACAGACAUUUGAUGUGAUCUUAUCCUUCCAGAGAACUCAAUGUAUUUGUUAUUGUUCCUUUUUUUUUCCUUCUGUAAACGAACGUGGAACUUUCGUUUGCU